AUGCAAAUCUUCGUUAAAACAUUAACAGGUAAGACCAUUACCUUGGAAGUCGAAUCCUCGGACACAAUUGACAACGUCAAGUCCAAGAUUCAAGAUAAGGAAGGAAUUCCACCAGACCAACAAAGAUUGAUUUUCGCCGGUAAACAAUUAGAAGACGGUAGAACGUUAUCUGAUUACAAUAUCCAAAA